UUCGACUAAUUAGUCCGUCAAUUUAAAGUAGAAAAAAAGCGGAUCGUCCGUACACUAGAAAAUCUAAUAAAAUCGGAUCACGUUUUCAUAUAAUAGCGCGAUGGUAUAUGAAACAUCAUAUGGCACCGGGCUCAAGCCCUUUACUCCAGAUAUGGAUCGAGGAAAAUGGGAAAAGCCCACGGAUUAUAUCUUUGCCUGUUUUGGAUUAGCACUAAAGCUUGACGUAUUUGUUGCCUCGUAUUGGUUCUUCUUUGAUAUGGGCCUUUUUGGAAUGCUUCCAUACUUUGUAUAUAUGGCAAUCUACUUGGUUCCAAUCUUGGUCAUACACUCCUUCAUGGGCCAGUUUUCCAGCAGUGGCUUUAUCUCUGCUUUUCGUCUGACUCCUUUCUUUAAAGGCAUGGGUUAUGUGAGCUUUUUCCUGACCAUCUCAAUGCUCAUUUACUAUAGUAUUUUUACUGCCGUUCCGCUUUUCUUCAUGUUCCACUCUUUUCGGCCCACUUUGCCAUGGAGUUGCGAGGGUCUUAAAUCUUGGUUCAAUGAGACUGGGGAUCACAGAUCACACACUACUUGUAAUGUGACAAUAGAGGACGAGUUCUCUGAAAGCGACAACGAAACCAGUUAUUAUACAAAGUUGUAUCAUGUUCCUUCGGUUCUUUUUUUUCAAAACCAAUUUAAAUCCUUUCAAAAAGACCAUUUUCCGGAUUUAUCUGAGGACUACGAGCUAUCCUGGCAUUUUAUAGCUCUCUUUGUACUGGUUUGGGGAAUUGUAGCCGGUGUAUUUUAUAAGUUUUCAGAGACGGCAAAGUUUGGAAAGUUUAUACGCUACAUGGUUAUUGGAACAUUAGGGCUUCUCCUCGUGUGUUUGGCGCGUUUUUUGUUUCUUCCAGGAGCCCUAAUGGGGCUGAGGAGAUUUGUAACCCCAAAGCUUGAGGAUGUUAUAAUGGGAUUUGGCUCGACUUUUAUUAUGGUCCUACACGCUUUUGGAGCUGGCUGGGGCAGUGUUAUUGCCCUGUCCAGUUUUAACGGAUUCAAGACAAAUAUCAUGACGUUUAGUUGGAUUAUUUCCUUCGGGCAGAUCCUAAUUUACAUUACGCUUGGCUUGACAUGCUUCAUCCUGGAGAACUACUUCAAUGAGGUUGUUAAUGCAUCCUUUGACUCACAUGUUCUGACUCAUUGGCUGUUGUUCCUGUCCAGUGCCAGUGCCUUGUCCUCAUUGGAGUGGGCGAACAUGUGGACUUUAAUAUACUAUACAAUGCUUUUGAUGGCUGGAAUUAUUGUGAUGACGACGCAGAUUUUCACUGUUUUGCAAACAUUGUUUGAUGAGUUCGAAGCACUAAGAAAAAAGAAACAGGAGGUUACUUUUGGUCUUAUUGGUGGGCUGGCGAUCUGUUCUUUUUUCUUUUGCACCAACCACGGAAUUGUAUUCUUUUCUGCCAUCGCCAUGGACGCCAUUUUCUCACACAGUCUGCUCCACUUGUUGCUGCUAUUGGUGGUUUUGUGGAUCUACGGCCGAGAAAGAUUCCAAAGGGAUAUUGAAUUUAUGCUGGGCCAGCCCUUUGCCUCGUGGAAGAUUUUCAUACUCCGCUUCAUAGCUCCGAUCAUUUUAGUGAUUUGUCUGCUGUCUGGAAUUGGCUUGGCAGUAAUGGAGCACUCCUACUCAUCAAUGGUGGUGCUCGUGGUGUCCAUUAUUCUGGUGGGGCUACCAAUUCUGUUCAUACCUGGCUAUGGAUUCUACUAUCUUUACCAGAGCACGGGCACCUUUUGCGAGCGCUUCAAGCGCACCUGUCGACCCACCGAUUGGUAUCCAGUUGAGAUGGAGCACCGCCAAAAGUACGAGGAAGCCGUCGGCAACACGGAGAUCACCCACCAGCUGUUCGAGGUGACGGAGGAAGUCAACUAGGUGCAAUCGUAUUGGAAUAUAAAUAUGUUUGUAAUAUAAAAUAUACAAAUAUAUUUUGCAUGUA